CUUGUACGAGUCACGUGAUAAAAUGAUGGUGUACGUUCUUCACUACUUGUCUGCUUUGUUGGAAGUGGCGUCAGACGAGCGUGACGUAGAAGUUGUCAUGGAGACCGCCAAGGCCGUUGCCUGGGCGGGCCUGCGCAGUACAACAGGAUCCACUCUACUUCACCUUGCCUCAAACUCCAGAACAGAGGAAAUAAGCUCUCUUAAAGAGCACCUCCAUUUUCCGAGCCUUCGCGUCUGCGAGCUUCUAAUGGACAGCGGUGUCGAUCAGAGCGCUGUUGACGGCGACGGGAACACUGCACUUCAUAUACUGCUCACUAAAGGUCACGCGGAGAGAGAUGUACUAUCGUGUCUUCUAAAUGCUGGGGCGCAUAUGGAUGCGCGCAAUUCCUCGGGUAAGACAAUUCUUGACUUGGCGAGGUGCGAGAAGGUCCGGCGUGUUAUCCAGGCUGCUGAUCACGUGCCUGGUCUCCAGUGCCUCGCGGCUCGAAAGAUUAUGGCAGAAAAGUUGCACUUCGAGGGAAUUGUGCCGAAAAGGCUGGAAUCAUUUAUUCAGAUGCAUUAGACAAGUUUACAGUUAAUAAUUUAAAAAUGGUUCUUUGUCAUAGGAAAAAAAACCAACGAAACAAAACCAAACAGUGUUAGAAGCCAGUUACAACGAGGCACAAUGGCCUGCAACAGGCGGAAAGCGCGGGAAAAGUCACGUGAUGCAAUCAGCUUUCACCUAUUGGUUCUAAUUAAUACCGCACCUUCGCUCUGAUUGGUUAUUGAACUUGUCACCUGAGACCCCUAGGUCUCAGAUAUUAUCAUCCAAGUCACUGUGUGGUGCUUUCGAUGAACGUUAGAAAGGCGCUUUGUUGCUUAAGGCGACUGAAUCCUUGUUGAUACUACAUUCGCAGGUAGAUUAUGUGCCUUUAUUAACCAAGCCCUUUUGGAAUUGUCUAGUGACUGUAUUUCAACCAAAUAUCAAGAGACCCUUUGAUUAUGAUCGAAAUUGAAUUUUAUAUUAGGUCUAGCCAAAGAAGAAAACAAAAACGGUGAAAUUUAUUUUGAUUUCGUGCUAAACGCGGUAUUUUUGUAAUUUGUAAAUUUUGGUUACUCGUAAGAAAAUUAGGUCAAAUUUUUAGAGAGAUGUAUGUGCGCUUAUCAUCCGCUCAACAACUGCUUCAACGAUCAGUUCCGUAAAUGAAAUAGAGAAAUUUCGGUCAGUUUGAAAUGAAAGAACUUGUAAGGAGACUUAAGCGGGAAAAUAUAGAACACUGAAAAUUUAGUUCUUUUGAAGAGCUCCACAACUCUCCGAAGCUUGUACUAAAACGUCUAUGAUAAAGUUAGUUAAUUUGUGAAGCGAAAUUUCCGCAAAUUUUUGGGUGAACAGAAACCAACCAUAUAAAUAAAAUCGAGGUUAUAAGGUUUUCCUCGAUCCCAGGGUA